AUGCUCAUUUUUGAUGCUAAUGAAGACCAAGAGUCUGUUGAUAGAUCUAUGGAGGAAUUACGGUUGGGGACAUCACUUAUUAACUCAAAGGUGCAAGUUGAAUUGCAAGCCAAUGAAGGAAACUGGCAAGCACUUGCAAAAACAUUGGGGAUGAUUCAGAGUGAACAGGCCAGCUUGAAGAAGAAUAUUGAAGAUCUGCAGGGAAAAAACAAAAGAAUUGAGUCUUCUAUACAUGAAUAUGAUCAAAACCAGAAGAGGCAACUUUCAGAAUUGCAAGAGCUUUGUGCUGUUUUUUCCCAGGAUAAAAGUAACUUCCACAACUACCAACAUAGGGAAGCUUCCAAACUUGAAAAAAUUCUAGAGCUGUGCAUGGAUAUGAAGACACGGAUUGAUGAAAGACUGGGUAGGUUUCCUUAUCCAGAAGCUCUCAUUACAUUUUUCUGGUAG